AUGACAUCUCUUUUUGAUGUAAAUGUUGGCGUAUCUAGCAUGGCAUCUGCGCAGGUUCCGGAGCCGCUUAAUGCCAUAGAUAUUCUGUCAGAUGGCUUGGAUUUACAGAACCUUGCAAAAGACCCUGAGUAUUGUGAGAACUCGACCGAAACACUACAGGUAGCAAGGUUUGUUGAGCAAUCGAAACGGAUAGUUGCUCAAAAUAUUUGCAACCAUUUGCGACAACAAGGCUUGGAUGGACUUACUAUUAAGCGCAAUUACUACGAAAGCGACGACCUUGAGAAGCAUCCGGACGAAGUGCAAGAACCUUGCAUUUCCGAGCAAGUGGAGCCGCUGAAAUUCAAACCGUUCCAAGAUUUCUUGUUCCACACGGAUCCUUUCUACAGCUUCAGGGAGAAUAUUAGGCUACUGGUGGAGGAGCCUCUCUUGCUUCCUCUACAUAUUCGCCUAUUCGACUCCGCCCGAAAAUGGUUUGACAAUGUAUGCUCCUCAAUUCUCAUAUCUGAAAUCCCGCCAGCGAAGCAGAGAGUAUACUACGCCUGCCGCUGUGGGCAACUGCUUUACGACGACUACCUUGAGUCACGAUCUGGUGCGCUGGAUGAGUUGAAGCUUCUGUUAGAUCAAUACGGAUUUGUUUCCAAGGCGGCAGCGGACCUGGAGGCCAAUAGACCGAGACGGAGUGCUUUGCAUGUCCCCAGUAAUAAACCAACUCGAGUCAAGUCUUCUCGGAACAAGUACUGCGACAUUCGUCUACCGCAAUACUGGCAGAAUCAAACCCGCAAUGAACUGGGAAAGUGUCGCCCCCGGCCAGCCUCACUGCAAACUGACGACCAUCACAACUUCAUUCUCGCGGUUAAGGCUAUACGCUUCGUCCAGUUCGAGGUUUACCGCACAGGUCUUACCGACAUCAGGUCUCACCCAACGCUACCUCCAAGCAACUUGAAGAGCCAAUACGUCUAUGACCCAAUGCCAGCCGACCUCAUGCCGCCUAUUGGGUCAAAUCUUCUCGUACACCUCUUGGAGCACCCGACGCAUGCAGGUGUGCUUCCGGACUUGUACAAGAGAAUCCCCAAAAAGCUGCGAGAGAGACUCGUGCCCUGCCCUCAGAAAGGGGCUUCAGUAGGUUGGGGGCUAGCUUUCGUCGAGGUAGCUGUCGCCUGGACAAUGGUAAAGAACGAUGUGCAGGGCGGCUUUGGAGUUGGCGCCUUCCUAUUGACCUUCAGGGUCUUUUGUGGCGGGCUGCUUCAUUCAUCUGUUUCCAGAAGUGACAGCCACGAAAGUCAUCAUAGUUGA